AUGGCAUCCAGCAACCCGUCUUACCUCAUUGUAGGUGCUGGAGUAUUUGGCGUAUCUACCGCAUACCAUCUCAUCAAGAAAUACCCUAAUGCAUCCGUGACAAUUGUGGACCGCGACGCUUAUGACGCAGAAAGCCGUGUGGCAGCGUCAUGGGACUGGAACAAGGUUGUGCGGGCUGAUUACGAUGAUAUCGACUACUGUGCACUGGCACUCGAGGCACAAGACAUUUUCAAGAGCGAUCCGCUAUGGAAGCCUUACUUCGUCGAAACAGGCAUCUACUGGAUUUGCCGCACUGACUACGCCCAAGAUGUCAUCAACAACUAUAAGAAACUCGGUAGAAAGGCUGACUUGCAGGCCGUGCCUGUGGAGAAAGCCAAGAAGCUUUACGGCGGCCUCUUUGAAGAUGCCGAUUACGAAGGCGUCAAGGAGGUUUUGGUCAACAGGACCAGCGGCUUUGCUCACGCUGGCGAUGCCCUGAGGGCCGUCACCAAGGAAUCAAUCAGGCUUGGCGUCAGGUACAUUGUUGCCGAUAUUUCCACUCUGAGCUUUGACAACAACGGUGCCUGCACCGGCGUCAAGACCAAGGCCGGUCAGCUCUUGCAAGCCACGCACACCAUCCUCUCAACGGGGGCAUACACGGCCAAGUUGCUCGAGCACAGUGCGCAGAGCAGCGGGAUCAAGGCCAUCAGCGCAGGGGACCGAAUUGUCGCCGGCGGAAUCACCACCGGCAUGGUCACUCUCGACGACAAAUCGUACGAGCGGUUCAAGGCCAUGCCGGUCGGCGUGCAAGGGUAUCGUGUUGAGACGGGGCCGUUCAUUGGAAGCUUACCGCCGACCAAGGAUCGGGAGUUGAAGUGGUGGGGGCAGAAGAUCUUCAGAAACGUGCAAGAAGUGUUGCCAGGGAAGAAGCUUUCUGCGCCACCGCCCGAGCAAGACUAUGCACAGUGGAAGGUGUCGAACCCUCUCAAAGAGGACAUUGUGUAUGCCAAUAAGGUUUUCUACGGUAAGAAGGCCGCAGAGUGGAAGCAGGAGAAGCAUCGCAUUUGCUGGGAUGCUUUUACAACCAGCUGCGACUUCAUCAUUUCUCCCCACUCAGGAGCCAAGGGGCUAUACGUUGCCACCUGUGGCUCUUUCCACGGCUACAAGUUCUUCCCCGUACUGGGGAAGUAUAUUAUCCAGAUGAUGGAGGGCGAACUUGCGCCAAAUCUGAGGGAGAAGUGGGCAUGGGACCGGGAGCGUCCUGAUGGCGCCGACUAUCCGGACUACCCUAGAUUUGAGAUGAAGGAUCUUCUGGAUUACAAUGCAAGGCUAUAA